UAUUCAACUACCUUCAUGUUAUUAUAUUUAUCUAUGUUUUACAGUUUAUGGUUGUUGACUUUUACUUAAAGAUAGUAGAUUUAUAAUAUUUAUUCGAUUUAUCGUUUUUUCAAAUACCUAAUACCUACGUCCUACGGUGAAUGGUAUAUUCUAUAUUAGUGUUAUGAGCUACAACUUCGACGUCUGAAUACAGUCUUGCUUGCUACUCGAACUUGUAUUUCUAUUAUGAUGUGAUGGAAGCAAUGAACGUUCGUUUCGUUCUCGUUUGAUUAUUGUUAUUAUCUGAUAAUAUCUUAUACGCGACUCGUAAUUUUUGUAUGUUCUUUAUGUUCGUAUCAUUGAAUGUUUAUUAAUCGACUUAACUAAUUGUCCUUUAAACAACUUUUAUUUUAAUCUGUGACUUUAACUAGUCUCGUUGUAUUCAUAAUAUAUUUCGUAAAUCGCGUUUUCACACUUAAGUUUUUCACUCUGCCAUCUAUUAGGUUUGCGUGUGUGUGCCUGUGUCUGUUAAUUAAUUUAUAUAAAAUGUGUCUAAUAUCUGUGGCAUAUGCACGUUUAAUACAUUAGCAUUGUUCGCUAUGUUAGAAGACAUCAAAAACGUUAUGAAUUCCAAAAGGCCGAAUAAUGAUUCAAAUGUACCGCUUGCAUUCAUUCAGGACACAAAGACUGGAGAAUUAUAUGAGGUGAAAACCGAUAGUCCAUUUCUCUUUGGACGCCUUCUAAAAUCCUCGGUAGUAAUCGAAGAACUAUACAUUUCUCGCUCUCAUUCUACCAUCACAUAUGCAAGUGGUCAAUUUCUCCUUAAGGACAAUGGAUCAUCUUCUGGUACAUAUUUAAAUUAUAAAAAAAUUGCAAAUGCCGAAGUUCCAUUAAAAAAUGGAGAUCUUAUUGCCUAUACUGAUAAAAGUAAAACCUGGGACUUUAUUUACAAGUUUUGCCUUUUAGUAAAUUCUAAAAAAAAAUCCAGAUUAGAUGAAGAAACUGCUGAUGUAGAGGAACAUAACAAAUUAAAAAUCUCAAAGAUACGUAAGCUUCAGAAUCUUGUAAAGGAAUUAAAAAAUGAUAACACAAACCUUUAUAAUGACACUAAAACUCAAAUGAAUGCAUUUAAUAAAAUGAUUAAGGAUGUAACAGAAAUGAAUGAAAAGCUAAAUAAAGAAAUAAUUAAACUACAAAAUAACAAUCGAGAGUUGAAUAACGAGCUGAAUAUUAAUCGCAAAAAAUGUGCGAUGCAAAAAGCAGAAAUGUUGGAUGCUAAAACUGCUCAGGAAGAAGAACCUGUAGAAAUAUUUAAAACUCAAAUUAUUAAACUCUUAGAAAAUGAUUUUCAAUGUUCUAUUUGUAAUGAAGUGAUGUUUCGGGCAAGUACAGCUAGUUGCAACCACACUUUCUGCGAAAGCUGUCUUAAAAAAUGGUUGAGCAAAAGCCCCUAUUGUCCUGUCUGCCGGGGUGUUGUGCAAACUAUAACUUAUUGUCUUAUUUUGGAUACUUAUAUCACGAACCUAUGUGAUAUUCUAGGUGGAACAAUAAAGGAGCAACGUGUUACUUUACAACAUGAAAGAAAUGGGUAUCCACCUCAAGUGGCUAAAAGAGGUAGAAGAAGGGCUAAUCCAUCAACAACCCGCACUAGAAGAGAACAACCCAUGUUUGAUUACGUUGAUGUACCACCAGCCUUGCCUAUUAGAAAUAGCGCUAGGUAUAGUGUCUACAACCUACAACCUCCUGUUAUUGAUAUUGUAGAUCUAACAAAUAAUACGUCUCGAUAAUAUUAACUAUUUCUUAUAAUAUUUUGAGCAUACUGAAAUGAUCGCUCAUUUGCAAUUUAAAAUAUACUAAUUUCAUAAGUUAAUGAAAUCCUAGUGCAUUAUAUUAUAAGGCACCAGUGUUCAAAUAUUUUUUUUUUUAAUUUAAACUUAGUUCUAUAAUUAAUGUAGACUUAAGAAUCCAUUAGAAACACAAUAUUCUUUUGUAUUUAUAAAAAAAAAUUAAUAAAAGUAUUCUAUUAUAAAUAUUACCUCUUUGAUCUUUAUAUUAUUAAGAGUACCACUGU